AUGUCCUCGACACCGUUACUGCAAAAGGCGCCUGGCAAGAGAAUCGCGCUUCCAGCGCGGGUGGAGCCGAAGGUGUUUUUCGCCAAUGAGCGGACAUUCCUUUCGUGGCUGAGCUUCACGGUCAUGCUCGGGGGGCUCGGAGUCGGGCUGCUAAACUUUGGAGACCGGGUGGGGCGGAUCAGCGCGGGCCUAUUCACGCUGGUGUCCAUGGGCACGAUGCUGUACGCGCUGGUGACCUACCACUGGCGCGCGGCCGCGAUCCGGCGGCGCGGGGCGGGCCCUUACGACGACCGGCUGGGGCCGACGGUGCUGUGUUUUUUCCUCCUGGCUGCGGUGGUCGUGAAUUUCGUGCUGCGGCUCAGCCAAUGA